AUGUUUAAACCUCAAGAGACGAUGAUUGUCUUGCUCUUUUUGGGAUCACUGUUCUUAUUCCACAGCGAUGUUAUUUUAGCUGAAAAGACGACACUAGAUUAUCCCGAUGCCAACCAGGUUAUGCAGAAACUGCCUCAAACGUACAUGCUUCAGUCACUUGGAAAUUUUACUAAUAUAAUUUGUGGUUUUCAAGUUUUCUACACUUCGACAAAGGGAGGGGAAAAUUUCAGAAUGUAUGAUUUCUUUCUCCGGUACACGGACGGUGACACCUUUCAUCAACCGUACUAUGUGAAAAAUGUGAACAACUACAUAAUUUAUAUGGGAACCUUUCCAGAACCAUCAUAUCCACCAACGGCUACACGCGAGAUAUUAUUUUCCAAUAUGAGGUCGUGUAUGGUAAUAAAGAACCCAAAAAAUCCUCAAGUCUGUAACCUGAUGGUGACAAAAGAGAGAUUUUCUACACCUCCACGAAAAUGCCUCACAAAAUUCCAAAGGCACUGCGGAUCGCCGGUGUUCCACUAUUCCAUCAACGAUUGCCCUUACCCAGAAAACAAUUAA